GGCCGGCCGAGGGCGCGCGCCCCCGCGCCCCGCCCCGCCUGCGCCCCCUCCCCCCCGGGCGCCCCUCCUCGCGCGGGGCGGUGGCUGCGGCCUCGCGCGACCCAGCGGAAGGGAGGGAGCGCGGGAGGGUCCCGGGUCCCAGGAGCGGGCGGGCGGGCAGUCCCGCAGCUGGAAACGUGUCUUUUGCCUUCUUUUCUCUACUCCCUGCGCCUGGAGUUGCCGCUUCCAAGAAGAGGAGCUGAGGGGGACUAGCCGGGGCUCAGGAGCUGCUAGAGGCGCCGGCUUGUCUUCCGCCCCCUCCCUCCUCGCCCUCCCCCCGCUUGCCGUGGCUCUCGCGGUCUCUGGAGCGUCUUCAGAGAACUGGGGGGGGCGGGAGGUGUCCUGGCCCCAGAGCCGCUGGACGCCCCUCCAGACACCAAAGCUACCGGCCCCCGCCUGCUUCGCUGCUACGACUAUAGAGGAGGGGGCUUGGGAAGGGAAGAUACGCCUUUCCUUCUUUCUGUCCUUUGGGCCCCUUUGGAAACAUUAAACAAUGUUUACGCCUUUCGAUAGUUGAGAUAGAACGGUUGGAAGCUUUUUGAAAGUUGAAAAGAAAUGCACUCUCCUACGUUGUUAAAUGCAUUACUGUGUGGCUUCUGGUCCUCUUCCACCACCCACCUCACGCCCCCCGCCACCCACCCCCCUCUCCGCAGCUGUUAUCCUUUUUAAGGAUGCUGAAGAGGCAGGAGGCAGGGAUUUUCUAAAAGUUCUAUUGAUAAACACACUUGCACAAACAUAUGCUAGGCACACACAUAAACUAUAAACAUUAGCGAAAAACACAAUAUGGCGUAGAGCUACACUACCUAGCACGGUAAUCCGCUGAUCUCUUAACACUGAACUCAGUUGAAUGGGGUCAGUGGCAGGGUGACAGUUCUCAAAUAAAAAUCUGGAAGAAAUAGGAAGUAAUUUGGAAGUCUGUGGGCUAAAUAAUGUCCUCAGAAUCAGCACUAGCACACGUAAACUUUCUAGACCUGUGGAAACUGUCUUCACCACUUAACCAUUAAUGGUAAAGUAUGGUAAAUGAUGCUAAAAAGUAUGCCAAGAUGAUGCUAAAGUGGAGAGUUUCUCACUGCGUGGUCGUGCAUAAGUUUCAGCUAAUAGAAUUAACAGAGGCCACUCAUUCCCCAUGUUUUCAAGCGAGUUCUAUUCCAAAGUUAGCUAUCCUUAACUUGUUGCUAGUGAAAGUUUGAAAACAAAUUGUAGCGACCAUUUUGUAAAUAAAUUCUUUAGCUGUAAACACUAAAUUUAAAUGAUAAGCAUUUGUAUUAGCAAAUUCAGGUCAUAAAUGGUUUACUUUCUUACCUGUUGCUCCUAAUCUCAAAUACCAUUUGCUAUCACAUGGGAAUAGUUAAGAUAUACUCUCCUCUGCCCCUCACGUAAGUUUGACCAGGCCAGAUUUGGCUACUUUCUGCAUUUCAGCUUUACAACUAGGUACUUCUAGAUUUCUAGGAAAACAACAACAACAACAAAAAGAAAAAAACCAAUUUACAUUGAUUUUACAUGCCUUUGUUCACGCUUCUCAUUCUUAAUCAGAAUGUAUCAAAGUUGGUGUACAAAUUGUGCAUGGUAAUAUCACUGUGCCCUCUUGGGAAUGGGCUUCUCUCAAAAAAGCUUUUGGAAUUGCCCUUGAAGAAUUGCUGAUGUUACUCUUUGUUCAGGGCUCAAGGUUUAAUUCUUAAGAUUGUGGUUGUGAUUUCCAUUGAGUUCAAUUUUGGAGGGCUUUAGGCUUAAGAAUCUAUGGUGCUCAAGGAAACAGGUGAGAGGAAGAAGAAAAGUGAAUUUUCUAGAAAUAUACUAGCUGCUCAGUGAGUCCAGCAGUUGGGUAUUUUUGGUUUUGUGAUUUCAGAUCUCACAGACCAGUGGAAUACAGGCCUUUUGCAUAUGAAGAUCAGGUGACAAGUUAACUGUCUACCAGCCUCCAAAGCAAUACGCCCUUUCAUGACAGAAUACACAACGCAACCAGAUUAUGGAAGACUUUAUAAACCAAACACAUUGAUAUUCUACGUGAUUGGGAAUCAUUACAGGAAAUAAGUCACACAAAAAGAAGUAUUAAGAAUUGCCCUUUGAGACUCUGAAGGCUGAAGCUUUGGAUAAAAUUUGAAGUCCAAAGAAUAAAAAUAACACUGUUGAAAAGAGAAUGGAUAUUCAUUGAUAUUCAUUUAAUACCACAAGAAGUCCAGGUGUGAAGUGUUCAAUUAACUCCUGGGGGUAAGCUUUAGUGCCUGGUAGAUUGCACGUCUGUCUGUGCCCCAUAGCUGCACAGACUGCCUGAAGUUACAUUUAGAGACUAAAAUCACUGCACCUUAAAAACAAAAGAUUGAGCUGCACUGCAUUCCUAAUGUUUCACCAUCACUAACUGGAUAUUUCUCACAACAUUGCUGUCUGCAGUGACUGGCACUUUUCCUCCACGCUUUGAGAGAAAGAGAAUUGGCUGGAAUAAAACCUUGCUUUCCAUAUGGUCGACUUGAAACAGCAUUGAAAAGUGAAGGAUACAGAGGCACUUAGAACUUCAGUUACUCCCUGAGGACCAGUCUCUCUUUCCUUGACCAUCAGUCUGUGGCCUGCCCCUUCUCUUUCUAUGCAGCCGCUCUCUGUUCCCUGCCCCAAUGAACAUCUGCACUAGGCCCAAGCUUUGGAGUGAUUUACCUGAAGAGUGACACCAUUGAUUUGGAAACUACUACACAGCUCUAAGGACUAGGGAUGUGGCAGCAAACAAAACAAAAAUCCCCACUCUCACGGAGCCCGCUUUCGGCAAGGAAGAAACCCAAGACAGCUGAAAACCAGAAGGCAUCUGAGGAGAAUGAGAUUACUCAGCCGGGUGGAUCCAACGCCAAGCCGGGCCUUCCCUGCCUGAACUUUGAAGCUGUUUUGUCUCCAGACCCAGCCCUCAUCCACUCAACACAUUCACUGACAAACUCUCACGCUCACACCGGGUCAUCUGAUUGUGACAUCAGUUGCAAGGGGAUGACCGAGCGCAUUCACAGCAUCAACCUUCACAACUUCAGCAAUUCCGUGCUCGAGACCCUCAACGAGCAGCGCAACCGUGGCCACUUCUGUGACGUGACGGUGCGCAUCCACGGGAGCAUGCUGCGCGCGCACCGCUGCGUGCUGGCAGCCGGCAGCCCCUUCUUCCAGGACAAGCUGCUGUUGGGCUACAGCGACAUCGAGAUCCCAUCCGUGGUGUCGGUGCAGUCGGUGCAAAAGCUCAUUGACUUCAUGUACAGCGGCGUGCUGCGCGUCUCGCAGUCGGAAGCCCUACAGAUCCUCACGGCCGCCAGCAUCCUGCAGAUCAAAACAGUCAUCGAUGAGUGCACGCGCAUCGUGUCGCAGAACGUGGGCGAUGUGUUCCCGGGGAUCCAGGACUCCGGCCAGGACACGCCACGGGGCACUCCCGAGUCAGGCACAUCGGGCCAGAGCAGCGACACUGAGUCAGGCUACCUGCAGAGCCACCCGCAGCACAGCGUGGACAGGAUCUACUCGGCACUCUACGCAUGCUCCAUGCAGAACGGCAGCGGUGAGCGCUCCUUCUACAGCGGUGCGGUGGUCAGCCACCACGAGACUGCACUCGGCCUGCCCCGUGACCACCACAUGGAAGACCCCAGCUGGAUCACGCGCAUCCAUGAGCGCUCGCAGCAGAUGGAGCGCUACCUGUCCACCACCCCCGAGACCACGCACUGCCGCAAGCAGCCCCGGCCGGUGCGCAUCCAGACCCUGGUGGGCAACAUCCACAUUAAACAGGAGAUGGAGGACGAUUACGACUACUAUGGGCAGCAAAGGGUGCAGAUCCUGGAGCGCAACGAAUCCGAGGAGUGCACGGAAGACACCGACCAGGCGGAGGGCACCGAGAGUGAGCCCAAGGGCGAGAGCUUCGACUCGGGCGUCAGUUCCUCCAUAGGCACCGAGCCUGACUCUGUGGAGCAGCAGUUCGGGCCGGGGGCAGCGCGGGAUGGCCAGGCCGAACCUGCCCAAGCCGAACAGGCCACGGAAGCUCCUGCCGAGGGCGGCCCGCAGCCGCACCAGCUAGAAACAGGUGCCUCCUCCCCGGAGAGAAGCAACGAGGUAGAGAUGGACAACACGGUCAUCACUGUCAGCAACAGCUCCGACAAGAGCGUCCUGCAGCAGCCUUCGGUCAACACGUCCAUUGGGCAGCCAUUGCCAAGUACCCAGCUCUACUUACGCCAGACAGAAACCCUCACCAGCAACUUGAGGAUGCCUCUGACCUUGACCAGCAACACACAGGUCAUUGGCACAGCCGGCAACACCUACCUGCCGGCCCUCUUCACUACCCAGCCCGCGGGCAGUGGCCCCAAGCCUUUCCUCUUCAGCCUGCCACAGCCCCUGGCAGGCCAGCAGACCCAGUUUGUGACAGUGUCCCAGCCCGGCCUGUCGACCUUUACUGCACAGCUGCCAGCGCCACAGCCCCUGGCCCCAUCCGCAGGCCACAGCACAGCCAGUGGGCAGGGCGAAAAAAAGCCUUAUGAGUGCACUCUCUGCAACAAGACUUUCACCGCCAAACAGAACUACGUCAAGCACAUGUUCGUACACACAGGUGAGAAGCCCCACCAAUGCAGCAUCUGUUGGCGCUCCUUCUCCUUAAAGGAUUACCUUAUCAAGCACAUGGUGACACACACAGGAGUGAGGGCAUACCAGUGCAGUAUCUGCAACAAGCGCUUCACCCAGAAAAGCUCUCUCAAUGUGCACAUGCGUCUCCACCGGGGGGAGAAGUCCUAUGAGUGCUACAUCUGUAAAAAGAAGUUCUCCCACAAGACCCUCCUGGAGCGACACGUGGCCCUGCACAGUGCCAGCAACGGGACCCCUCCCGCGGGAACACCCCCAGGUGCCCGCGCCGGCCCCCCGGGGGUGGUGGCCUGCACCGAGGGGACCACUUACGUCUGCUCCGUCUGUCCAGCAAAGUUUGACCAAAUCGAGCAGUUCAACGACCACAUGAGGAUGCACGUGUCUGACGGAUAAGUAGUUAUCUUUCUCUCUUUCUUAUGAACAAAACAAAACAACAAAAAAGAAACAAACAAAAAAAGCUAUGGCACUAGAAUUUAAGAAAUGUUUUGGUUUCGUUUUUACUUUCUGUUUUUGUUUUUUGUUUCGUUUCAUUUUGUACUACAUGAAGAACUGUUUUUUGCCUGCUGGUACAUUACAUUUCCGGAGGCUCGGGUGAAUGAUAGUUUUCCCAGCCUCCCUCGGAUGGUGGCCUUAAGGCCUGGUAGUGCUUCAAGAGGUCCACUGGUUGGAUCUCUAGCUACUGGCCUCUAAAUACAACCCUUCUUUACAAAAAAAAAAAUCUUUAAAAAAAAAAAAAAGUAAAAAAAAAAAUUUUUUUUUUCACUUGUGAAGAGCACUACAAAAAAUCUAUAACAAAAUCUAAAAGGCCUACUGUCUUUAAGUACACCGCUUGCAGUGUUUCAGUGGACAUUUUCACAAUUCUGGCCGCUCGGACUUCACAGUAACCAGUUAAAACUGUGGAAUAUCGCUUCUGGUUGAAAACCCAGAGGAAAGGCCCUGCUGUUUUCCACCUACCACGUUGUCUGAU